GUUAAAUUAUUAUUUUUAAACGUUAAUUUAUCUUUAUGAAAAGUCAUUUUAAAAGAGAUAUAGUACACAUGUUUAAAAACUGGACUAAAGAUAUUACAUGAAUUAGGCCUACAUAAGGUAGUCCAUCAUGAUGAGGAUUUCAGAAAAAGCAUCAUGAUUAAAACGGUUGUGCUGUGAAAAGUUAAAUAUAUUGACUGAAAAUAAAGAAAAAGAAAAUAAAGUUUAAGAAUCCAUGUUUAGUUUGUUACUAAGUUUUUCCCAUUUGAAGAACAAGCAAAUAAUUGCAGCUAAAGGCAAUUUAAUUUUGAAGUUUUGUUAUUUAAACAAUUUCAGCAUUUCCAAGCUUCUGAGUUAGCAGACACCAUAAAAAUGUAAAAUCUAUACCAUAUGCAACAUUCUCAAUCAUAACUUUUUAAAAAAAUUUUUAAGUCAAGUCAAGUCAGAUUUUUGAGAUUCAGGAAUUAUUUGCAUACAUUUGCAUGGUCAUGUAUAAUAUUCAUUAGAGAUGAUGUUAAAGUAAGGGGAAGGAAGACGAACAGUAGGCUAUAAAGAAAUUAUGGGAUUAGGAUUAGUGGAUUUAUUAAUGGGAUUUUUUGAAUUGUUCAGAGUAAACACAAGAUUGGAUUCAUAUGUUUAUUAAAAGCAACAUACAUUAAGCAGUGGUUAUUUAAUAACCGCAUAGUUUCCCUGCAAAUGCUGUUUAUCCUCUGUCAUUCCUCCUCUUAGGGCUCAAUCCUUAAAUCACAACACUAAUCCUCGUGACUGUAUUUUUAACUCUCCCGGGACAGAAAAACAGCAAUGGGAUUACGGCAUCAGUGAGGUGGGGCAAAAUCCUCAGCUUCUGAUCUUCCGUUCAGCCGAAACAAAUACAGUUGCUUUAUCUUUCAGUCAUUUUAGCUAUAUUGCAAACUCUAAAAAGCUACAAGCUGUAAAUGAUGUUUUCUUGGCCAGUCUUAAAAUUUCCUUGAAGCUGGAUGUCGGAUGUUUACACUUGGAAUGUAGAAUCUGCCAUUUUUUUGUACUUUUUCUGCAGAGCAAAUCUUGGAGGUCCUGUUUUCUACUUCUUUUGCAAACGUUUUCUUUUUAAAGCUACUGUAAUGAUGGAUCAACCAAUGCGACAUCUCAAAAAACUGAGAAAGAGGCGAUCAAGUCUUUUUGCAAGUGUCAAACUUAAUUCCAGCUUGUCACAGGGCAUAGAAGAGGAAGAGAGUGCCUUUCCUUUUUCACAGGACUGCACUGUGAAACCUUGGACGUCGAUGGACGACCUCGAUACUCCAUCACCUCAAACACAGAACAAAAAGGACCAAAACAAGAAGAAAAGCAAUGAAAAAGAAGCAACAAAAUGCCCACACCGGCAUUCAACUGUGAUCAAUGUUAAUGUAGGAGGCAAACUGUUCACUAUUCCCAAGCACCUGGCUAUCAAAUACCCCAGAACCAGAAUAGGCACCCUAGCCCUAUGCAAAGAUCCCUUCAGCCGGCUAAAGCUCUGCGACGACUACUGUGUGAUCACUAAUGAGUUCUUUUUUGACCGAGAUCCUACUUUCUUCCAUUACAUCUUCCACUUCUAUCGUAGCAAUGUAUUGUGGGUAAUGGAGAGUCUGUGUCCCAUUAAUUUUGAGGAGGAGAUGGAGUUCUGGGGCCUACACUUGAGGGACACCCCUCGCUGCUGCCGCAUUCUCUAUGAGGAGAAAGUAGAUGAGAUUAAAGACCAGCUAAAAGUGAACAGGGAGCUCAUGGCUGAAAUUGAACCUCUGCACAGUGAGGAAGGUUUCAAGACAAUGUUUUUGGGUGGCAUUCGUAAGUCAUUAUGGGACCUGAUGGAGAAUCCGUACUCCUCGAUGGCUGCCAAAGCAUUUGCUGUGUUCUCCAGCCUCUUCGUCCUCAUCUCCAUUGUAGCGAUGACUCUAAAUACCGUGAGUGAAUUGAAAGAUUAUAAGAUUUAUGGAAGAACCUAUAUGGAGUGUGUUGAGAUCACCUCAAUACUCUUUUUUACCUUUGAGUAUUUCCUCCGCCUGUUGACAACUUGUAAUGUCAAGCAUUUCCUGAGAAGUGCACUUAAUUUUGUAGACUUAGUGGCUGUCAUGCCUUACUUUAUUCAGCUGAUAUUUGAGACUUUUGCUGAUCAGGAAGAUGUCAGCGUCCAAGAUGACUUAAAGACGAUGGCGAGAGUUAGUAAAGUUAGCAAAGUGCUAAAAGUGGUCAAACUCAUGCGAAUCUUUCGCAUUCUGAAACUUGCAAGGCAUUCGACAGGUAUGCGGGCGUUCGGAUUUACUCUCCGACAGUGCUUCGAACAGGUCUGCUGCCUGUUUCUGUUCAUUAUCAUGGGCAUCUUCACCUUCUCUGCCCUAAUGCAUUCAGUUGAGCAGGAUGUUGCGGGAACCCCUUUCAGCAGCAUACCAGAUGCUUGGUGGUGGGCAGCGGUGAGCAUUUCCACCGUGGGCUAUGGGGAUGUGGUACCCAUCUCCUACUCUGGUCGAGUUGUGGCCUUUGGCUGCAUAUCUUUUGGCAUAAUACUAAAUGGAAUGCCAAUCUCCAUUCUCUUCAAUAAAUUCUCUGACUAUUAUGCCAAGCUAAAGGCCCAGGAAUGCACCAACACUAAAGUGCAACAUGGCUUGAACCUCAAGAAGAGAUUGCAGAGGAAAUGCAAAAGCUGCUUUGAGCCUGCCGGAGAGGAUUCUGAUGAGGACAAUCGACAUCAGAUCAACCAGUGUCAACAUUAAACGUCCUUGUUAUCCAGACUGCCUUCUCUGCCCUUGAACGGAAAGCUCAGGCUCCCUGCCUGCCUUGAAUUAAAUAGGGAUUUAAGGGAUGGGGGAACGCCAGGUUAAAGGAAGUUAAGUGAUUAACUUUAAGAUGGCUAACAAAUUACAUGUUCUAAAAGAUCUUUAGCAAACCACCUUGCUGGUUAUAAAAAGCAUUGUUGGAAAUAGAGUGAAUGGAUUUGAAAACGUGUCAUUAGACUGCCAUUCUUUUACUAUAACACCCAGUAGUGUUACAAAGAGUGUGAUUCACUAUUGGCCUCGCCCAACACACUGUACAGUACUCUACAGCUCUUCAUUGACGCAAAACAGAUUCUGAGGAUAAAGUGGGACUUAUGUGGCCUUCAGACACCUUUGGUGUAUAUGAGUGUAUCUAUCACAUAGGUUCUAUUCUGGAUAUAAUGGCACUUUAUUACUUUUACUUUAUUGACUUACAUUUUAAAGACAAUUUUUUUUAAGCUGUAUAAAGAUAAUACAAGAUCUGAUGUUCUUUAUUGUGAUUUCUAAAACAAUGUUUCUGUGUUAAGCAAGACUCUGUCUCUUGUCUGUCACUCUUUAAAGUUAAAUUAUAUAUCAUUCCAAUAAUGUAUUAUAUAUUGCAUUACUACGGGAAAACUUUAAUCCAUUCUAUUGUACUUGUGUGAAACAUUUUUAGUUGAUUCCAUUUAUUCUGUAUUACGUAACAGCAUAUUUCUGCAACCUCCAUACAGUGGAAAAACUAAUAAAAGAUAGAUAUCAAAGCGAUUUUUUUGAAUCAUAGAGAGAGAACUUUAUAUGCUGUAUGUCACUACAUGGGCGUUUACAUAAUUGCAGGUACAUUUAGGGUCCAAAGUCAUUUUUUCUGCCUUUUUCAAAUGUUUUUUAUUUAUUAAAAAUGUGAUACGCAUUGUCAUUGAUCACAAGAUGUUACAGGCUUUAACAAUAUAAUAUUUUCUGUAAAAGGUGUCUUGGAUAGCUGAAAAUCAUGAAUGUGUGUGUUUCUCUGUGUAUAAUGUCAGUUUUUUUACAUACACUGUCAGAAAAAAAAAUGGUCAAAAUAUAUACCCCGGCUGUCAAUGGGGCUGUACCCUUUGAAAAAGUACAGCUUUGCACAUAAAGAGUUUAUUUCAAUACCUCAGAGAUACAUAUCUGUACCUUAUGGAACAUAUUAGGACCUUUUAAAAGGGUAUCCCUCAAUGACAGCUGGGCUAUUUUGACCAUUUUUAAAGGUGCAGUGUGUAAUUUCUCUUGACAGAAAUGCAAAAUAAUAUACAAAACUAAAUUAUCAGGGGUGUUUAAAGACCUUUCAUAAUGAACCAUUAUGUGUUUAUUGCCUUAGAAUGAGAGGUUUUAUCUACAUACACCGAGGGUCCCCUUACAUGGAAGCCGCCAUUUUGCUACAGAAGCCCUUAACAGACAAACCUUUUUACUAAGUUGUCUUCAACGAUGACAUGUUUGUCCUGUGGCGGCUACCGUAGCUUCUCUAUAUGUUUCAAAAGCAAGAGGUGAGCAGUGGACUGAGCCGUUGUUUGCAAUUCACAACCUCACCACUAGAUGCCGCUAAAAUUUACACACUGCACCUUUAACAGUGUGCUGUCAACACUAUUACUCUACCCUAACCCCUACCGUAAAUUUGCAAAAAAGCAGACCCUGGACACCAGUUAUAUAAUCCUCCAUAUAAUGAAAUAUAUAAACAUGAAUAAAGAACCUAUGACACCACAUGUAAACGAGAGCUGUAACCAUUUUUAUAUUUAGCCCUUUCCUAAAUGCUUUGCUUUUAAAGAAUCUCAUGAUCAUGAUAAUUUUUAUCUCCUCACUGAACACUUCAAGCACUGUGCACUCAAGUCAGCUCGUUGGCAAGAAGUCAAGUGAUUAGACUUCAUGUCUAAUAUUUAAUGAUCAAGCGGACCUGUAAUGCCGGUGUUUUGAGUGAAAUGUUCAGCAUCAAUUAAGUAAAUGUAAAGACAAGAGCCAGUUGCGUGUAAAUAGCCUUUGUUGUUCGAUACAUUUCGGUCUCUGUAGCUGACAGAUGGGAAUUACUGCAUAACGGUCAAUUAUGGGAUCAUUUGGUUAGCUCAAAUAACACACAAAGAACUAAUGUGCUUAUUUAGGGUAUCAAAGAAGAUUUCUGUUUUCAAUUGUUAUUUCAAUAGUUACAAAUAGGGAUGAAAAACAUGAAAACCACUCGACACUCAGAAAGAAAAGCACAAAAGCUGUUACUGGGACGUUACCAUUUAAAAAGUCUUUAUAUGUACAAUUUAGGUACGGAUAAGUACCAAUAUUUUUCUCUGAGGUGCCAAUAUGCACAUU